AGAGCUCCUGAAAGCCAGCUCGAAACAGUCAGAGUCUGACUGCACUGCGGAGCAUUCUCUGACACAGAAGAAGAGUGCAGUGAUCCACGUGCCCGAGAUUACAAUGACGGCUUCAGGCAUGAACACCGACUUGCAACGUUGAAGGCUCUGCUUGUACAGACGAGCUUCCUGACAAUCGCGUGCGGAAGAUCUAAAGCUGGGCUUCACUUUUCUGUUUGAAAAGUAUACAAUGAGUACUAAAUCAUCGAAUGCCUCUGCUACCCAAUGCACAGUGAACCACAACAUGGAACCGUUCACUUAUUUCUAUUACUUAAUUUUCCUGAUUGGCAUUAUUGGGAGUUGCAUAGCACUUUGGGCUUUUAUCAAACAGAGGCAAUCCAAAAAAACCCUUAAUAUCUACCUCAUUAACCUUCUGACUGCCGAUUUUCUGUUAAGUUUGGCUCUCCCUUUCAAAAUAGCUGUCGACUUAGGCAUUGCUCCAUGGGGUAUGAAGAUCUUCCACUGCCAGGUAACGGCAUGUCUCAUGUACAUUAAUAUGUACGCAUCAAUUAUAUUUCUUGGUUUUGUGAGCAUAGAUCGGUAUGUUCAUCUCUCCGGUAGCAUAAGAUUCCAGCAGAUACAGAAACCAGGUUUUGCAAAAAUGAUAUCUGUAGUUAUAUGGACAAUGGUGUUGUUAUUGAUGAUACCAAACAUGGCAAUCCCUAUCAAACGCAUACCUCCGAAGCCUAGACUGAAGUGCGCGGAGAUCAAACAGAUAAUGGGACUAAACUGGCACGUCUUCACCAACUUUAUCUGCAUUGCCAUAUUCAUGAAUGUUUCUGCUGUGCUCUUGACCUCAAACUUUCUCCUGGUGAAAAAGCUCCACCGGAUCAAGGACAAAGAAGCACAGAAUGACGUGAAGCAAACACUGAGGCACAUUUUGAUACUGACUGGCAUCUACAUCAUUUGUUUCGUGCCGUAUCACAUUAUUCGGACUCCGUACACUCUCAGUCAGUACAAGCCAAAAGAAGACUGCAGUCUACAAAGAUCACUGUUCCUGGCCAAGGAAGCAACCUUUCUUUUGGCAGUUCUCAACCUUUGCUUUGAUCCCAUUUUGUACUUCUGCCUCUGUAAAUCAUUCCGAUUAAAAAUCACAGAAACUUUUGGAAGAGAAGAGACGAGGUGCAAGGCAAAACGUGAGGCUGAAGGGAGGACUGCGGAGAACUCAGUUUAGCUAAACCAGAUGUUACCAGCUAUAUAUCUGACUAUUUUGAUUUGAAUGCUUCAAAGUGCGUAAAUACAUUGGAUCUAUGAGGGAAUUGUAAACUGUGAUAAGAGAUAAAAAAAUUUCGUCAUUAAGGAAGUCUAGUUCAUGCACAUACACUCAGAGGCCACUUUAUUUUUAGGUACACCUGCUCAUUAGUGUAAAUACCUAAUCAGCCAAUCACUGGCAGCAACUCAAUGCAUAAAAGCAUGCAGCCAUGGUCAAGGGGUUCAGUUGUUGUUCAGACCAAACAUCGGAAUGGGGAAGAAAUGUGAGCUAAGGGACUGACUGUGAAAUGAUUGCUCAUGCCAGAUGGGGUGGUUUGAGUAUCUCACAAACUGCUGAUCUCCUGGGAUUCUCAUCCACAACAGAGUUUACAGAGAAUGGUGCAAAAAAACACAACAAAUCAGGGGGAAAAUACCCCAUGAACCAUGGCUCUGUAGGUGAAAAUACAUGGUUAAUGAGAGAAAUCAGACGAGAAUGGCCAGACUGGUUCAAGUUGACAGAAAGGCGACAGUAACUCAAAUAACUUCACGAAACAACAGUGAUGUUCAGAAGAGCAUCUCUGAACACACACUUUUCAAAUCUUGAACUGGAUGGGCUACAGCAGGAGACGAGCACAAUCAUACCUUCUAUCAAGUACAGUAGGGACCUUGUGUAAUAAUGUGGCCACAGGGUAUAUGUAGCAAAGUGUUUUUGCAUUUAUGUGUAUAUAGUGCUGAAAUUAUAUUGCAUAUUUUAUAUUAUUUAAUUAAACUAGCAUUUUAUCUCAAUUA